UUUCCCGAGGUUCUUAGCGCUUCAGUGGCGCCGACGGGAGCUGGAAGGCAGGCAAGAUGGCGGACGUACUGGACCUUCACGAGGCUGGGGGCGAGGAUUUCGCCAUGGAUGAGGAUGGGGACGAGAGCAUCCACAAACUGAAAGAAAAGGCGAAGAAACGGAAGGGCCGCGGCUUUGGCUCGGAAGAGGGGUCCCGGGCGCGUAUGCGCGAGGAUUACGACAGCGUGGAACAGGAUGGAGAUGAACCCGGACCGCAGCGCUCUGUUGAAGGCUGGAUUCUCUUUGUCACUGGAGUACAUGAAGAAGCCACUGAAGAAGACAUCCACGACAAAUUCGCCGAAUAUGGGGAAAUAAAAAAUAUCCACCUCAACUUGGACAGGCGGACAGGAUACCUAAAGGGGUAUACUCUAGUUGAGUAUGAAACAUACAAAGAGGCCCAGGCUGCCAUGGAGGGACUCAAUGGCCAGGAUUUGAUGGGACAGCCAAUCAGCGUGGACUGGUGUUUUGUUCGGGGUCCACCCAAGGGCAAGAGGAGAGGUGGCCGGAGACGGAGCAGGAGUCCAGACCGGAGACGACGCUGAUAAGUUCUCUGUUCAAGUGGUCUUGAAGAUUGCAUUUGAACAUUCAGCCUUGGAGAUACAGGGCUGGGGCAGGACUGGGCUGUGUUUAUAUUUAAUCUCUUACUCUUGAUGCUUAGUGUUUCUUUUGGGUUAUGAAUAAAUGUUGCAUUUUUGUUUUCUA